AUGGAGUCAAUUGAAGCAUCUGGUCCUAAAUCGGAUAGCCUGCAUGGUAGCUAUACGGUAAAACCUGGUGAUUCCUUGAUGAGCCUUGCGGCUCGAGUCGGUAACGUAACUCCUGCCCAGUUGGCGCGAUUCAAUCGGCUUGGGAUGCUUGGUGCCGGUCAUCCUCCACUUUUCCCUGGUCAAAGACUGUAUAUCCCAAACAAGGAAGAAAUUUCCGCACAGAAUGUUCGCCUGCGCCAUCUACCAGGCGCUGCGACGCGGGUCCACAGCCUAUCUGAAAGUAUCUCGGAUCGCGGUGGUACCAAGGACAACGCGCAACAGAGUUUUGACAUCUGUUCCGUCCCCUCCACAAAGGAUGGUGUUAUGGAGCGCCUCUUUGUCAAGGUCAAGGCCAAACGCGUGCUCCUACCAUCAGAGAGCGAAAUAGAUGGUGUGCUGAUCUUUACUCCGGACGCUGUCUGCUUUGACGCGGUGGCCACAGCAUCGGCGUUGAAUCGAACGAUAGCUGCCAAGACCUAUAGUCUUCAACAUCCCCUCUCUGUCACUUCUUACGACAGUGAUGGUGGUGGCGAAGUCGUUUCUCCCCUAGCCCACUCACCUCCUUCCGAACAUGCGUUGAAAGGGAUAGAACCCGUCCAUGACGUCCUCGCCCUCUCUGUCUGCAUCCCCAUCGCAGCUGUUGUCUCGCUUAACACUCAUGGUGACAUGAACAAUCUCCUCUCUGGCUGUCGUUCGAAGACCUCAACCAGGGCCGCAUUACCGAAAGACCUUUCAAUCUCUACUGAAAUUGAAAUCAAGUUACCUGAAAAACCACCAGAACGGUCAGAAGCUCCGCCCUUCAGUAGGCAUUUUGACGAAGUACAGAACGUCUGCCAAUCGACAUUGAUAGAGAGUGAACAAGAUCCUUUGCCCGAGGAGGUCUACAUUUCCAUUGGCAUCGACACUGGGCGCGUCUGUUCCGCGGAUUCCACUACCCUCUGCGAAGCCGCCACCUCUAGUCUCCACGUCUUUAGAAUCCCACUUGACAAACUUGCAGACAUCCACGACAUUCUUGUGUCGGCCACAAACUCGGUUGUCAGUCAGCCCGCUUCCUCCGACCUGGAUCGUAGAAGAAAGCCUCUACCCAACAUUUCAUCGGACCAGAAACCAUCUUCAGUAAGCAUAAUAGAAUCAGCCCUCGAGGAGAUGGAGAAGAAUAUCCUGGAGCUCAAUUUGGUGGGAGGCACAAGCUGUAUUCUGACUGAAGCAAUGCUUAGGGACCUCUCGAAGGGUCUACCAGCUAACCGAGCAGGCACUGCAUUGCGACUUAUCUUCUCAACAGCUAAAGACGGUUUCAGUCUAAACACGCUUUACCGAAAGACAAAGUGUGUGCAGGACGUCAAUCUUCUCCUCAUUCUUGAUCAACAAGGCGUUGCCUUUGGUGCCCUCCUCUCGGAGAAAAUGCACUGCAGCCAAAGCUUUUACGGCACUGGCGAGAGUUGUGUAUUCCAUUGGAGGGACGGUUUUAAGUGCUACAAUUGGACAAAGAAGAACUACUUUUUUAUGCAAGGCUCCCAUGACAGUUUUCUUAUUGGAGCAAAAAGCGGCCACAGCGCGAUUUGGUUUGAUGGAGACCUGAAAUAUGGCCGCAGUGAGGCCACAGACACCUUCGACAAUCCCGUACUUUGCUCUAUUCCAAGCGAAAACAAUCGAAGGACGAAAGGCGAAACCAGUCCAGUUGGCACAGUCUGCUCGAGCUCUUCUUCCAUUUCCCUUCGCGAUACCUGUGGACCCUCCAGUGUAGCCUUUGUCAUCAGCGCUCUCGAGGUUUGGGAGAUGAUUCCUUGA